AGGUCCCAUUUAACUUUUUCAGCAAAGGAAGUUGCGGCCUCACCAACCAAGACAUGAAUACCAAAUUAAAUUGAAUCACGACAGCACGGCAACAAACAUAGAGUCCAGUGGAAAGUGUAAUGGCCUGAGGGGGGCACCCCAGGUCCCACCUGCCCCGGCCAGGUCCAAUCUACUUAAACCGUCUGCUCAGUCGCUGCAAUCCACCGCUGCAAUGGGAGACGGACUGGAAGCAGGCAGCAGCCACAACCCCCCCUCGGCCCCGCAGUCGCUGUCCUUCAACCCACCACCCCCUGAAAUCAGUAACCCAUCCAGACCCAAGCGCCAGACCAACCAGCUACAGUAUUUGCUCAGAGUGGUAUUAAAGACGUUAUGGAAACAUCACUUUGCGUGGCCCUUCCACGCUCCUGUAGACGCCAUCAAACUCAACCUGCCUGAUUACUACAAGAUCAUCAAGAGUCCAAUGGACAUGGGCACAAUUAAGAAGCGGCUGGAGAACAAUUACUACUGGAAUGCUCAGGAGUGCAUCCAAGACUUCAACACAAUGUUUACAAAUUGUUACAUCUAUAACAAGCCUGCAGACGAUAUCGUGCUGAUGGCGAAAGCUUUGGAGAAGCUUUUCCUGCAAAAGAUCACCGAAAUGCCACAGGAGGAGACAGAGAUACCCGUGGUGACCAAAGGACGCCGCGGACCCAGACGAGACGCAGCUUCCAUAAGGUCUGAUUCGGGACAAGACUCCUCGUCUCCUGCGACCACUCCGCAUACGAGAGGGUUUUCCUCCCCUGCGACGACCCCACAAACCCACGCCUCGCCUCACCCGCAAGGCCCCCCUGCCCUGUCGCUUGCCCAGCCUCAGCUCCCACGUGUGCCUCCUACAGCCAUUUCCCAUGCGCCCCAUCUCGGACCCCCUUUUCCUUUGUCCAGCCCUGUCAUCCUGGCACAGGGCAUGACUUCGGUUCCCCCUCAAGCCUCCAUACCCCAGAACAUCCAGCCUGCUCCGAUGCUUCAGAGCUCACCCGCGCUUGUUAAGCAAAGAAAAAGCCAGAAAAGGAAAGCAGACACCACCACACCGACAGCCAACGACCAGCUCAGCGAGUCCUCGCCUGUGUCCGCUGAGAACCGGCCACGACGCGAUGCGGCCCGCCCUCUGAAGCCAUCCAAAGUAGACGUGUUACAACCGGACUCUCAGCACCACCUCGGUGGUGGCUUGGAGACCAGCGGAAUCUCCACUCCGAAGCGCCAGGAGCAGCUGCGCUCCUGCCAGCGGGUCCUCAGAGAGAUGCUGUCCAAGAAGCACGUGGCUUACGCCUGGCCUUUCUAUAAGCCCGUGGACGUGAAGUCUCUUGGGCUUCAUGACUACUAUGACAUCAUCAAACAUCCCAUGGAUCUCAGCACCAUCAAGAAAAAGCUGGACAACAGACAAUAUAGAGACGCUCAAGAGUUUGCGGCGGACGUCAGGCUAAUGUUCUCCAACUGUUAUAAGUACAACCCACCGGACCAUGAUGUGGUGUCCAUGGCUCGGAAGCUGCAGGACGUGUUCGAAAUGCGAUUUGCUAAAAUGCCAGAUGAGCCGGAGGAGGUCAGUCCUGCUCCCACCCCGUCCUCGGUCCUUCACUCAGUCCCCUCCACUCGACAAGCCCCGCCACCCUCUGCGAUCUCUGAUGAGGACAGCUCCAGUUCGUCGGAAUCCGAGUCGUCUACGGAAGAUCCAGAACAUGAGCGGCAGCAGCGAUUGGCUGAGUUGAAAGAGCAGCUGAAGGCUGUCCAUGAGCAGCUGGCAGCAUUGUCACAGCCACAGGUCACCAAACCCAAGAAGAAGGAGCGGGAGAAGAAGGAGAAGAAAAAGGAGAAGCAUAAACGGAAAAUGGCAGCCGAGGAAGCCGCAGAGAGUCCGCCGAGGAAAAUCAAGAGCAGCAAAGAGCCGAACAUGGUGAAGAAGAAGCUCAGCAAGAAAGAAAGCGUCCCCAACAGUCACCCCGCUGCAGCCCCUCCGACUGGAACCACCCCGCUGGUGCCUUCUGCGUCUUUGGAAGCUGACAAUGACAUGGAUGUAUUUGGCAGCAUCUCAGCAGAAAAGGGUAAACCGAUGUCGUACGAAGAGAAGCGCCAGCUCAGUCUAGAUAUCAACAAGUUGCCAGGAGACAAACUUGGUCGAGUCGUCCACAUCAUCCAAACACGGGAGCCUUCUCUGAAGAACUCCAACCCGGAUGAAAUCGAGAUCGAUUUUGAGACACUGAAGCCUUCGACCCUGAGAGAGCUGGAGAAGUACGUCUCCAGCUGCCUCAAGAAGAAGAAGAAGCCAUCAGAAAGAUCAUUGGAAAUGACAAACGUGACGAAGACGAAGACGGGAUCUUCAUCCUCUGACACUAGUGACUCGUCUGACAGUGAAGACUCUGAUAAUGGGCUGGUUCCCAAACUGCAGAAGACUUCUUCUCACAAAGACGCCAAGCGACCGCAGCCGCCACAGUCCCUCAGUAGCGCCCCCGCCCACGUGGCCCUCCAACUUCAGCCCCAGUUGCAGCCUCAGGUGGUCCCGUCCAAGCCGACCUUUAACCCCCAGUCAUCUCUCCCAGCUGCCACCCCGGCUCUUGAACCCUCUCAGCUGCUGGGCCCUGGAUUUGACCCAAUGACUCACUUCAUGAACCCGCACAUGACUCAGCCCACCGUGGAACCUAAUCCUCCUCCCAUGACAGCCACUGCCGCACCGCUCGUUGCGGGCUUCCUCUAUGCAAACGCACCCACCAUACAGACUCCAACUGAGACCCACCCUUUCUUGAAGCAACAUCCCAUCAUGCCGUCAUCUGCCAUCCACAAUGCUCUUCCUCAGCAGCCGUCAAGGCCGAGCAACCACGCUGCCCCACUCCCUUCUAAACCUGCCCAGCCCCCGCCCUCGUCCCUGGCCUCUCUGCCCUCAUCUGCUCCCCAGCUGCAGACCUCGCUGCCGCUGACAUUGCCCCAGCCUGUUCCCCGCCCUCGGGUACCUUCACCCCCAUCCCACGGCAUCUUGGGCACCCUGUCAGCGCUGCCACCCCAGGCUCUGCUGGAGGACGAUGAGGAGUCCACCCCCUCCAUCACGGAGCCGCCGUCCCUCAGCCAGGUGCACACGUUCCUGCAGUCGCUCCAGACCCGGGCCCCGGUGCCAGCUCAGCCGCUACACACGCACUCGCCUGCUCACAGUGCCACUCAGCUGGCACCGUCGCUGAACACGGUCGCAAUAUCGUCCGCACCUUCUCUGAACCAGAGACACAACUCUGGUCACGCACAAUUGCAGCAGACCUUCUCACAGCACAAGCCCUCGUCCCAUCAGAAGGAACAGCAGAUGCAGCAGCAGCAGCAGCCGUCGCCACAUAUCAAAGCUGAACCUUUCCCUGCUGGUUGCCUGCGUGAGGCGCCGUCUCCCAUGAUGAUCCACUCUCCUCAGAUGCCUCUGUUUCACUCAGGAGGACAACAGUCUCCCACACUGAAUAAAAAGCAUGACCAGAGGCCCAACAUGGUGACGGUCAAGGAGGAGAAGACGUCUCUCUCUCCCGUCCUGCCUCCGUCGCCCUUCAGCCCGGCCACACGCGUCGACUCGCACAAAACCGACAUCAAGCAGAAUCUGAAGCCUUCGGAGGCCCCUCGCUCUGGCACGCGCCUCCCGGACUCUCUGGUGCCGUCGCCUUUCCAGCAGGAUAGUAAAAUCAAGCAAGAGCCCAAAACCCCCACUACCCAGAAGAAGUCGCAGGACGUGAAGCUGAAAAACAUGGGCUCCUGGGCCAGCCUUGCUCAGAGGUCACAGUUCACGCAGGCCUCGACGUUGCGCUCCUCCAGCGACAGCUUCGAGCAGUUCAGACGUGCCGCUCGCGAGAAGGAGGAGCGGGAGAGGCAGAUGAAGGCCGAGCAGGCCAGGAGGGAGCAGGAGAAGCAGCGGCGUGACGACGACGAGUCGGUGGAACACACCCGGCGGCCACAGGAAGACGUACGGCGCCGCCAAGAGACGCAGUCGCCGCUCGCACCCACCCCGCCGGCUUCCACCACACCCACGCACUCCCCGCAGGCCCCACCCAGCCAGACACAGGCCCCUCCCCCGUCGGCCUCCACCGCACAGAACGCCCUCGACCAGCAGAGGGAGAUGGCGCGCCGGCGCGAGCAGGAGCGGCGCAGGAGGCAGGCGAUGGCCGACACCAUCGACAUCAACUUCCAGAGCGACCUGAUGGCUAUUUUCGAGGAGAACCUCUUCUGAGGGACCGGACCUGGUACACACUCGCACACACACCAUGUACAGACCACACUGUUCUGACACACGGCCGCUGCUCACCAAAACACACAGACUCCACCCAAACUGACCGUUCUCUCUCAAGCUGAACCAGCUGGUUUGUGUCAUGUGACUGAGAGGAAAUCUGCAGCCCAGUUUCCCUCUGACUGCCGAAACUGCUCGGGUGUUUCCCGGAGGCCAGAGUCCACGUCUCGUACCGGUCGAUCGCGAAAGACUCGAGGUGUUUUUUCAUAUUUAAUGUCCAAGAGGAUCUAAUUUAAGAAGUGGUGGGAGCUGAAUGUGGAUGAUGAUGAUGAACAAACUUCCCCCCAAUCUGGUGAAGCUGAUUUCUGCAGGUCAAAAACAGGUUGUGCUCUCCUACCCCACCACCUGAGCCGAGUAUUUUACAACACAAAUGCACCGUUUUUAAAGAGCAAACCGGAGCAGUUCCGUGAAACAGUCGUCUUUUGAAGUUUUAAUGUUUUAGAUUCUGGUACAAAACGUUUUAUCACUGUUGCCAACAGUUAACUUUUAAAUGUGAAAGACUUGUGUUAUCAUGUUAGACAUUGUAACGCAGACUUGAAACGGGCAGAAACAAAAGAUAAAAGUACAGAACAAGUCGCACCAGAGUGAAAUUUGUAAAGGAAAAACCAUGAUGACGAGAAAGAGGAGCAAAAUCUUUCACCUGGGCAUGAAAGUCUGCCGGCCUCUGCUGAUGACAUCAUCGAGGGGUGUGUCCUUAUGUGGCCACUUCUGCCGACGCAAACCGUCUCCACCUCCUUUGCUCGCCUGAAACCGAUUUGGUUGAUCUCAACUGUUUGACCGGCAGAAAUGUAUCUUCCGUUGGCGUUUUGUUUAUUUGCCGCUGUGUCCGCGUCAGAAGGACCAGUCUUCUGUCGGUGUACAGUUUCCUCCGCCGCCACUGAGGCCAGAACAACGUCUUCACCAAACCUCCCUGCCUGUAAAGCGACUCACAUAUUGUGUAUAAACGAAACAUAUAAAUAUAUAAAUAUAUAUUAUAUACAGUAAAAAAAUGAAGUUCAAGGACAAAAGAACGUUGUGGCAUUUGGUUUGGUGAGGAGCUGAAGUGUUCAGCUUUCUUUUUGUAAUUUACUGUAAAGAACUUUUGUAUGAAUCUAUCAAGCAGGAUUUUUGUUGUCUUUCACUCAAACCUUUCUCUCUCUCUCCUUCUCUCGCUUCCAAAUCUCACCACAUUUUUUACAUGUACGACGCAUCUCUCACUUUAUAUUGAAGCUUCUACUGUGCUUUCAUCCAGCAUCUGAAGGCAGAUCCAGAUCUGCGCUCGCCGUCAUCUUCCCCUGCUCUCUUAGCGGCCACUGAUCUCUAGUUUUUAGUUAUUUGUCUUUUCUUCUCGUUGCUUUGUUGUCAAUGGAUCACAGGUGUGGGAGUGUCGUGUGCCAUUGUGUCUUUCUUUGAGGAUUCCGUAUGUUGGCAAAGUGCGUGUUUUGAAUCCUAUAAUCUCUUUUUUUACAAGUAUAUUUCAUGUAUUUCUCUUUAUAUUUGGACUGUUUUUGAGUUCUUUUUAUUUUCUCUUGGCUCUUUUUCUCUUGAUUUAUUUUACCCCGUUGGUUUAUGGAGUGAGACAUUAAGAUCAAUAGAUUCAUCCUGUUCAGAUUAUGGAGAGCGACGACCUUUUUAUAAGAAAAGUAUUAAAAUAAUAAUAAAAAAAUACAUAAAUUUCAUCCGGUGUUUCUUUUUUUUUUUUUCUCCUGUGCGUUGAUAAACGUCAAAAUGUGUCACUAGCGCUCAGAAUACCUAGCACCUAGCAUGGACCAAAAUCACAGUCAGAAGUGUUGAAACUCAUGGAUGCUGCACUCAGAUUUCAUUCUUUUCACAUUCCAAAGUUUAAAACUUCAUUUUGUCUGAUUCGAUUUUUUCGUUGUAAUUGCUGCUUUUUGAACGAGUAUCGCUCUUUUCGGCCGGGAGAUGGCGCCAAAUCACACAACUUUUAUAUCAGCGAGCCAUGACACCGCGCAGACAAACGACUUCGCACUUGACCACAUGGUUUAGUAUGCGCCAUGCUAACCGAAGUAGCCUCACAACGAGGCGUCUCUCCCGCGGUGUGAUGGCUGCCUAUGAAUACACAACAUGCUCAGCUAAAAACGAAUUCAAAUAAAUAUCACAAAAUAUUUCAGGUGUGGUCACAGCAAGCCACCAAUCCUCCCGCCAAAACCAACGCUUUCCUGGGGUGUGAAAUAAACCACUGGCCUCCAAAUAUCAGUCAUGUCCAACCUCUUUCGUGCACUCUGUAUU